GUGACGAUUAACAUAUCACAUUAAGAUGUUAAUCUGAACAAUUGACACACAUAAAAUUGAAAUUAAAAUACUAAUAUAGUCAAAAACAUGUUUGAAAGCACUUUAAAGAGACAAAGACUAUUGUUUUCUCCUUUAACAUGAAUGAUCUAAAGAAAAGUAAAUUACUAUUCUAUCCUAAAUUAUAUGAAAUUUGUCAAUUUUUAUGAAAAGAGAAAUGAUAAGAAACGUGUUGUUUGUGACUCUCCGCAAAGAACAAAGAGGGAAGACAAAGUAAGGCAGUUAUAACCGCACUGUUUCAUUCUCAUUCAGUUCUGUUGUUCUCAUGAGUUCGUCGCAGUCUCUUCAACCUCACAAUUUCAAAGAUCUAUUAGAUUCCGUCGAAGCUUUUCUCUUCGAUUGCGAUGGUGUGAUUUGGAAGGGUGAUGAACUCAUCGAUGGCGCUUCUCAAACUCUCGACAUGCUUCGAUCCAAGGGGAAAAAGCUGGUGUUUGUCACCAAUAAUUCCUGGAAGUCUAGAACUCAAUAUGCUGAAAAGUUCAAAUCUUUGGGAAUUUCUGUUUCCCCGGAUGAGAUAUUCUCCUCGUCGUUCGCAGCUGCUAUGUACUUGAAGGUUAACAAUUUCCCUUCACAAAACAAGGUUUAUGUGAUUGGCGGGGAUGGUAUACUGGAUGAGUUGCAGCUUGCUGGUUUCACAGCUUUUGGUGGUCCUGGAGAUGCGGACAAAACAAUAGACUGGAAGCAGAGCGGCUUCUUUGAACAUGAUAAGAGUGUUGGAGCUGUAGUGGUUGGUAUAGAUCCAAAAAUUAACUAUUACAAGCUUCAGUAUGGAACCCUUUGCAUACGCGAAAAUCCAGGAUGCCUUUUCAUUGCUACCAACCGUGAUGCUGUUGGGCAUAUGACUGCUUCCCAAGAAUGGCCUGGAGCUGGGUGUAUGGUUGCGGCCAUGUGUGGAUCAACCCAGAAGGAACCCGUUGUUGUGGGGAAACCAUCAACCUUUAUGAUGGACUUUUUACUUGAGAAAUUCAAUUUAAGUUGUUCCAAGAUGUGUAUGGUGGGUGAUAGACUAGAUACUGAUAUACUGUUCGGACAAAAUGCUGGUUGCAAAACUCUUCUAGUACUUUCAGGUUGCACAACUCAAUCAGAUUUACAAGACCCUUCAAAUAAUAUUCAGCCAGACUACUAUGCAACCAAAGUUUCUGAUAUGCUCGAUUUAUCAAGAGCAUAAAUAGAUUUUCUGCAAUUAAGCCAUUCCUUUCACAGAGACUUUGGUUUGCGCCUUCGACAUACCUGACUUUGUAAUCACAUUGAUACAAUUUUCAUUAUUUAUUAUAGCGGCAGGUUCCUCAUUUUCUGCCACCUUAUUUUGGUUUGCGCCUUUGUGGUAACUUAAGCCAAGCAUCAUCCCAUCCCAUGUGGAUUAGAACCAUUAGAUAUAUUGUUGGAAUGCUUAAAACAGCAUAUGUUCAUUGUUGAAUUACCAGUGAUGACUUGGGUGAAAUUGUUCGAAUGUGUUAAUUCCAAAUAAACUUUGUAACAAUCA